AUGAGUACCCCUCUAGAAGGUCAUACCAAACGUAUAGAAGAUAACAAUAUAACUGUAUAUGUUCAGUGGAUUGAUAGUAUUCUUACCGAUGACAUUUUGUCAAAUUCUCAUUUGUUACGUAUAGAAAAUCACAAGUGGAAGAAGAGAAGACGGCAGGAAAGGCAAAAAGAUGGAGAAGUAGGUAUUGAAUUGGGAGAAAACCAUAAAAGAAGUGCAAAACAGUUUCGACGUCAGGAUGGACAAAACAUUAGCAAAACUUCGAAGGAAGAAAAAGGGAUCCAUUACGAAAGAGAAAAUAAGGAAGUUGUGAAAACAUCCCUUUAUCGUAACAUUAAAUGGCAUAUACCGCUGAAUACAUUGGAUCUGGAUGAGAACGGGAGUUUUUUACAUAAAUAUAGUGAAGUUGACCCUACAAAUAAGGAUAAAUUGCAUCAUGGGGGUGAAGUUAAAAAUGAUUACUCUUCUUCAAGUGAUAUAGAAGAAAUAGGAAGCGAUGAAGAUUUUGUUGAAGAUGUGGCAAAGUUGAAUAGUAGAGAAGUACAAGAGAGGAAUCUGUAUAAAAGAAAGAAAAAUUAUCAAGAGAUGUAUAACAAGUAUGACCAUGAACAUUUUGAUGCAGAACACGAUGAUCCUAACCCAUUUGCAUAUGACAUAACUAGCAGUCUUCUGUUUUAUUCUUCAGACGACGAUUACAGUGAUGGAGAUGGUGAGAAAAAUGCGAAAAGUAGGAAUUCCAAGGGGGUUCAUUUUUCCCCAUUUCCUUUAAAAUACAAUAAAUUAGAAAAAAAUAUAAAUAACAUGCAGGAGUUAGAUGAACAAUUUUACAACAUAUCAAGACAGGGCAACAAUCAGGAGAAAAGUAUAAAUGAGUGUGACAUGAACCAAACUAAGACGCAUGCGACCACUGCAAAUGUAUACGGGAAAAAUAAAAACACGAACAUUGACCACGAAGGUAAUAGGAGCAGAACGAGUAGUAUUAACAAUGCCAUCAGUCCAACUAUCAGCCCAUCGGAAUUAGCCAACGUUACCAAUAAGGAAAAGAUGAAUGAUUAUUACGAUAAAGACAAGCAGAACAUAAAUAACAUCAACAACAGCAAGAAUAAUGGUGUGGAUGUGAACACUGAUGAGAAAAUGAAGAAGCAGGAAAUUCUUUCACCAAAGAAUAAGGCCCAUAUUUUCUCCUUUUGGAAUGUUGAACAUGAAACAUAUGUAACAAGACCACUCUACGCACAGCACUUGAACAAGAAAGAAAUAACAUUAUUAGAUGAAUCUGAAGAAAUGGUUAAAAAUUAUUCCCAAAAUAAAUAUUCCAUAAAAUUUGUACCAAGGCAUUUACUCUAUGUAAUGAGUCAAGUUGCAUCCAGAACAUUUUUCGAUCCCUUGUAUCGAAAGCAGUUGUUUCGUCAUUUUUAG